ACAUAUUUUUUUUCUGGUUAGUCUCAUUUAGUUCUUAAUCAUCCACAACUGUGAAACUGAUAAUGGAACCACAUUUUUCUCUGACAAACAAUUUUUGUUUAUAAUUUUCUUUCAUUGCAUAUUUGUUACUCUGUUCAAUAAGUCAAAAAGUAAAAAAAAGAAAGAAAGUUAUAAAUAUGGAACCUUCAAUAAUAGAAAAUCAAAGUGACGUUGUUGAAAUUGAAUUGAAACGAACUCAAAUAAUGCAAGACGUGAACGAUGGUCCAAACCGGCAGCAGACAAUGACAAACUAUUAUCAUUCAAAGAAAUCUGCGGCAGAAGGGAUGAUGGACAUAUCACUUCUCACAGCAAACGCAAAUCAAUUAAAAUUCAUUCUUUUUUAUAAUCGUGAUUCACAAACUUUCUACGGAGCUUUAUCUCUCAUCUCACUAUCUUUAAUACUUCAAAUUGUAGUUGGACUUUUAUUAGUUUUUCGACGACGCUUUAAAACGAGCGGACAGAAACGACAAGUGAGUACAUUAAACGAAUAUUUAGUGCUCUUAAUAUUUCUCAUAACAGUCAUCAACGUUCUGGCCGCAGUUCUAACCACAACUGAACAUUCUGCUUGAAGAAAAUGAUAGAACUAAUAAUAUUUAAUUAGAAAAUUUUAAUAAGACUUUAUAACAGAAAAUUAUUUCUAUCCUUAAUUUGAAGUUGAAAAUUAC